CUAGCAGAGAUUUCGAAUGUUGAAUAACAAAAUUUAUUUUAAUUUUUGUAUAAUAAAUGGAUUAAUUUAUUUGUUUUAUUUUUCAGGUGCAAAAUAUUAUAUUCAAUAUGCUAAAGAAUAAUUUUUACUACGUUGGUCAACAUUAAGUCGUUUAAGUGAAUAUGGUCGUAAAACAACAAUUCAAUUAAUUCAACCUUAUUAUGAACUUGAUCAAUUUCUUAUAUUUAUUGAAAAAAAUUUACCAUUAUUAAAAUCUCUUGAAAAUCGUUAUUUAACAAAUAAUAAAAAUGAUACAACAAUACGAUAUUUAUUUCUUGAACGUAUACAUUAUAAUUUAUUAUCACAAUGGCAAUUAUCAGAUGUUAUACGUAGUUCAAUACAAACAUGGGAUGAUAUUGUUACAAAUCGAUCAUUAUUUUUAGAUGUAUAUAUCAAAAAUUUAAUAUUUUUUUUAAAAAUAUUGAUUAGAAGAUUUCUACAUGUUUGAAAUAUAUGAAGAAUUAUAAUACACUAUGACGUAUUGCAUAUAGGAAGCUGCAAGUUCGAAUUCACAAAAAACAUGGACCUGUAGCCUCGGAGUUGCAUAACGAUGAAAAUCAAUUGAGUUUUUUUUUUUAUUUAAAAAGAAAAGAUGGUCAUAGUUUUUAAAUCAACUUUUGUUAGUAUAUGAUUAAAUUAGACAUAUUUUAUUUAUUGUCAAUAUGUUAAUUUUAUCAUAAAGAGAAAUAGACAAUAGUGAAAAAAAACAGAAAUGGUUGAUGUUAUUUUAUUUUUUAAAUAAAUCGAUUAAAGACUAUUUCAGUUGAUAAAAUGUUGUUGUCUGUUGUAUUGAGAUUUUAUAUAAGUUUAUUUUUAUGACGAUCUAUUCAAUUAGAAAACAAAUUUUACUUAUUCAAACAAUAAAUACAAUAGAUUCAGUCUGGAUUAAUAUAUGCUUACAAAAUUAUUGCCGUACAUCGAAUAUUUCAUAUAGAUCGAAGAAUUUCAUAGAGUAAUUCUAUUAAAUCUGUAUCGAUUAUUUGCCAGAUUCGUUUCUAGUUAUUUAAUCUAAUAAAAGAAGUUU